AAACAUCACAGACGUCAAUUACGUGCGAAUAUGUAUAUAUGGUAGCCAAAUGGCAACACUGACAAUGAUGUCGCUGUGAGCGUGAACACUGUGUAUGAAAUGUCAAACUGUCAUAUGUUCAUUCUACUUAUGUUUACCAUCAACGCGUACACACGUACAUUAUAUCGUAAGAUUUUUGAUAAAAUAUAAUUUGUUUUACUACAAUGUCUUAUAAUCAACAAAAUGUUCCGGUUAACGCCAAUUUUAAUCAAAAUGUUUUAAACGCAUUUAUUGAACUGCAUAUCAAAGAGGAAAUUUUAAUCAAGGAGGAAACGCAUGUUACUGAGGUUGAGGGAAUAUUUAAUUUAGGAGGCGAACAUUUAGCAUUGAUCAAAAAUCAUGAUUCGGCUGUCUUGAAUAUUAUGGUUGAAUUACAAGCAGCAGCAGAUGCGAUGGGCCAACCCAACGGUAUAUCUUUAACUAAUGCUAAAGCAAUGGUUCGAGCGAGUAAACGUUUUGUAAAAAGUAUGAAGCAGAUAUUCAAGCAUGUGAAAACUUAUGAAACCGCAACGCAAAUCGCCCCAGAUUAUGAUCUACAAGAUGAAACGAAGAUCAGUAUGCUCCCUGGGGUGGUAUGCACGGAUGGUUCGUCAAAUUCUAGCUCAAAAUGCACACAUUACUACUGCCAUCGGACUAUAUCGUGAUUUUUACUGUGAAUCUAUUUAUGAUUUAGCUAUGCAAUCGUCAUUCAGCGCAAAUUUACUGUCAGCAUUACGUACGCAUGGUCGUACUCGUUAUCCGAAUUACAAUAAUUACAUUAUUUCUUAAUGACAUCGGGUCGUCAGGUCUGACAUUAUCAAUGAAUUUUUAAAUUUUGGCCUCUUAAUUUUAAUUCAUGUUAUUGGUUAACGUAUUGGAAAUAAACAAAAAUUUAACAGUAUGAA